ACCCACAAUCAGAAACCUGGCGCCACACAAUCUCUUCCCAUAGACAUCUCCGCCCACCGGCGGACUCUUGCACAAAAAAUCAUACCCAGAACAGAUAAGCCUCAACUUUCAACAAUCCACCUCAUCUCCAGCCCCAAUUCUUUGUGCCAUACACACACAAAAAACAUAAAGUUUUUCAAUUUUUAGCCAUUUGAAGCCAAACCCAGAUUGUUAUUGGUAUCUAGAAACUGAACCAGUUCAUUUUGGUACACGAAAGCUUCCACUUUUUUUCAUUUGAAGCUAAACCCAGAUAGCAUUUGGUAUCUUAAAAGCUGAACCAGUUCAUAUUGGCAUUUGAAAAGUUCCAAUUUUUCUUGCUUUUUGACUCAUUUGAAGAUAAACCCAGAUAGUAUUUGGUAUCGAAUCCAAGAGUGGAAAAGAUUGCUAUUUUUGGGGUUCAAUUUGCUUUCUUGAAGGCUGCAUGAGUUUGGAAGAACUCAAAAGUGAUUAUUGGUGCGUCAAGUUUGGGCACUUGAAGAAGAAGAAGAAGAAGUCAAAUAAGCAACAGCAGAAGCUAGCAUGGCAAUUGUCGCAGUUACAAACUCUCAGCUCUCUUUCAAUUUGUUUAACUUGUCUGUUACCAGAAGAGAAGCCUCUAUAUCGCGACAAGCUGCUUCUAGAAUUCGCCAUCGCUUCUCUUCUAGCCGAUGGUUGAAUCUCAACUCCCCUUCUACUACUACACAUAGUUAUAGUUUUCGCAGUUUUAAAUCUAGGUGUUCUAUAACAAACACUGAUGUACAAUUCAACCAUGUGGCUACCGAGGAUGAAGUCCCGGAAGAUAUAUCAGCAACAGAAAUUAGUUGCUGUUGUUCAAUUCCAAUAGUUCAGCUCAAACCUGAUGUUCUCGAGACUGAAUCUUUGAGCAUACUAACAGGGGAUACUUAUGUAGAUAGUCUUUUGACAACACUGCCAGUAUUAUCAGAGGAGGAGCAGCAAGCCCUUGCAGCAACCCCAGCGCACCCAGAGGGAUUGUAUGCAUUUUAUGCAAGUUGCCUGGCUGGGAAUUUAGUGGAACAGCUUUGGAAUUUUGCUUUGCCUUCUGCUAUCGCAUUGCUUCAUCCAAGCCUUCUUCCAGUGGCAGUCAUUUGUUUCUUCACUAAGCUUGUUAUAAUCGUUGGAGGUCCUUUGGUUGGCAAACUUAUGGAUCAUUCUCCAAGAGUACCUUCAUAUAUCUUUUUGAAUAUUGUGCAGGCUGCUGCACAGUUGUUGUCAGCCGCAAUGAUAAUUCAUGCCCAUAUGGUCUCCUCUGCUUCUGCUUCAUCUGUUCUUCGCCAUCCUUGGUUUGCUGUGCUAGUGUUAGCUGGGGCUAUUGAGAGGCUAUCUGGGGUGGCACUGGGGGUUGCUAUGGAGCGUGACUGGGUUGUUCUGUUAGCUGGAAUAAAUAGGCCAAUUGCACUGGCACAAGCAAAUGCUGUUCUCAAUCGAAUUGAUCUGCUUUGUGAGAUAGCGGGCACAUUAUUAUUUGGAAUUCUUCUCUCUAAAUAUGAUCCAGUAACCUGCUUGAAGUUUGCUGCCAGUUUGAUGAUGGGGUCAUUACCAGUUAUGAUUUCUCUAACAUGGUUAACGAACAAACUUUCCACUGGGGUUCUUGACCGUGCCAGAUGUUCACAAAGCUGUUGCAGAACAUCUGAUGAGGGGCAACUGCCAGAUGCUGAUAACUUUGUUAAUACAGGUUUGGAAGCCAUCAAGCUUGGGUGGAGGGAAUACGUACAGCAGCCCGUCCUUCCUGCAAGCCUAGCAUGUGUGCUCCUCUACUUCAAUGUUGUUCUUACUCCAGGCAGUUUAAUGACGGCAUUUUUAACUCAGCGUGGUUUAAAUCCAUCUGUUAUUGGGAGUUUUAGUGGAUUAUGUGCUUUUAUGGGUGUUGCAGCAACCUUUUUAUCUGCAACCUUGGUCAGGAGAUUUGGCAUUUUAAAGGCUGGAGCAGUUGGAUUAAUAUUUCAGGCUUCACUUCUCACCAUAGCUGUUGCUGUUUACCAGAGUGGAUCUCUUUCCCAGAAGGGUCCCCUCCUUUUCUUCUUAUGUUUGAUUGUAUUGUCAAGGUUGGGACAUAUGUCAUAUGAUAUUGUUGGGGCCCAGAUACUUCAAACAGGAAUCCCAUCAUCCAAAGCAAAUCUUAUUGGGACAACAGAGAUUUCUGUUGCCAGUUUAGCAGAGUCUGUAAUGUUGGGCGUUGCAAUAAUUGCAAAUGAUGUUUCACAUUUUGGAUUUCUAGCAAUGCUAUCACUUCUAUCUGUAGUUGGAGCCUCAUGGAUGUUCUGCCAAUGGUUGUUGAAUCCUACGGAGGAACAAAGAAACCUCUUCUCUUUUGAUCCUCAAUUUCAAUUAUAAUCUGCUGUUAUUCCCACAGUGCAAAGGCGGUAUGAAAGUAAUAUGAGCUACGAUACAUUCCAUACAUUCAACACUGUCCUCAUCCAUUUACUUAGAAGAUGCCUGAGGUAUAUAGUUUGAUAUCACAUGGUUGCUCAGUGUUUAUAUUGUUGUAGUUCUUUAUUGUAAAGUCUUUCAGCAGUCCUUUGAAUAACAUUA